GAUAAAAAUAAGAUAAAAACAACAGAGUUUCGUUUUCCUUUUUCCUAUAAAAAAGCCAUGUCUAUUAUCCUUCCUCAAUUCCUUUAAAGUCGCUAAUUCCCCAAAAAAAAUCCAGACUUUUCUUUUUUUUCUUUAUAUUUUCUUCGAAUCACGAAAAUGGGCGGAGGAGUCAUGAGAGCGGCGGCGAAGGUCGCUGGGGUCGGAAUCGGCCUUCGUGGCGGUGUUCAGGUGACUCCGUCUUCUGCCGAGCACUCCGUCAUGCGCGUCGCCGCUUCUCGUUCGUCUUCUUCCGCGAUUGCUCUUUCUAGCGGUGGGGUUUCUUCCGUUGCUGACAUGACGGCGUCGACCAAUCACAAGGUGUCAUGGGAGGUGGUGGAUGAUUGGGAGUUUGCUGGAGGUGUUGAAGAGGAGGUAGCUACCGCCAUCCCCGGCGGAGGAGAGCCGAUGGCUCGGGUGUUGUUUGGCGGUGUUCCAAGCUUGGAGGAGGCUAAAGAAGCCGCUACUGAUUUGAAAGAUGCAUUGGAUAAGGUUUAUCUGUCAUCUCCAAAUUCGGCCGACAGUACUCAGGCGUCUUGCCUGUCAUUGCUUUCGAACACUGAGGAGACUAAAGAUUGUGUUGCUUAUGAUAUCAAAGCAACUUCAGUACCAAAACCUGCUAUUCAGGCAUUCAAAUUGCUCAAUGAGAGUCCUGCAGUUCAGUCUGUUGUUGCGUCGAUUGCUGCUGAUCCAAAUGUAUGGAAUGCUGUCCUUAACAAUUCGGCUUACAUGGAUUUCAUCCAGUCCCAUAAGACCAAUGUUGAAUUUGAAGAUAACGGAUCACCUGUUAGUUCUGAAUCUUCAGUAAAGAUUGAAGAAUAUUUCGAUCAAAGUCAACCUAAAGACGGUGGAAAUCCAAUUUCAGAUUUUGUACAGAACGUCAAGACUACUGUGUUUGAGAUGGUGAAUAAAGCAACUGAUUUCCUCCAGAGUCUCUUUACUUUACCCUCUGCUGAAAAGGCCAAAGAAAAUGCCGGAUCAAACUAUUUUGACAAGACAAUUGGAGCUAGCUUGAUGGGAUUGGCAGUGAUGGUUAUUAUGGUUGUGCUUCUGAAACGAGCCUAGAGUAAAAAUAUGUGAAUUUGCCGAUCUUACAAAAACAUUGUCAUUCUCAUUUGGAUACUUUAUGGAUGAUAAUGGUGAUGAAAAUUUGUACAUCUUACCUUUAUCAGUGGGUGGUUAAGAUUUGGAUAAUGUCUUGUACAGCUUGUUAUUAUCAAACUGAAUGAGUUCUCAUUUCUGAAUGAGUGGUUCACUAGUAAUUGUUUGUCAAACUUAACAAACAAAUAAAAAUUGUAUACGUUUAUACA